AUGCUGGUGCCGGCACCAUAUAAGGAGCCGGAGAAGAAGGCCAAGGGGGCCAAAAGUGGCCCCUGUCGUAAGGGCGCUUCAGACGCAAUGUCCGAAGAUGAAGAAGCCCAUUCCUCCGUCCCUGGGGACGACGACGAGGAAAAAGAGGAAGAGGAGGAGGAGGAUAAUUCUCCCUCGGAGGAGAGGAGGAAGAAGAGGGCAGCUCCCACGAACCUGGAAGCGGGGACGCCCAAGAGGGGGAAGGGCGCCCUUGCGGCCAACACCGCAUGGGAUGUCGACAGUAGUCCGGAGCCACACCCCCGCUCUAAGCCCCGGGCCGCAUCUCCGGCUCGCGCCAGUAUCCAGCGUUCCUCAUCUGGAGGUUCGCUAGAUCCAAAGGAGAUGGCCAGCAUCGCUAUUGGCCUCGACCUCGCAUACUGCUGA